AUGGAACCGAGGCUUAGGCCCUGGGCUCCAGCCGCACUGACCUCCUUGCCCUGCUCCCUCCCAGGCCAGGACGUCUGCAAAGCUGGCUUCCCAGACCUGCCCCCGGCCCCGUCGGUAGUGGCUGCCUAUUCGCUUGGCCUGUUCCCCGCAACCGCAGCCUCCCUCCAUCUGUCCCAAUCUGGGCCUUUUGGCCACCUCCUGUCCUACUCCUACACCAGGCCAGAGACCCCAGAAGACUCCUACCUACCCUGCCAGCAGCGUGCAGCGCCUUCACAGCCCCUCUGCGGCCCCGCUGAGCUCUCACCUGAGGCGCAGGCAGAAUUGGAGAAGCUGCUGCUGUCCCCAGAGCUGCUGGAGAGACACCCCCAGAUCCCUGCCAAGACUCGCAAGCCCAGAACCAUCUACUUGAGCCUGCAGCUGCAGCGACCGAACCAGCAUUUCCAAUACACGCAGUACCUGGCGCUGCCAGAGAGAGCGCGGCUACGGCUGGCAGCGCAGCUUGGCCUCACGAAGACCCAGGUGAAGGUCUGGUUUCAGAAUAAUCACUCCAAGUACAAGAAGCUCGUGAAACAGAACUUCAGGGCACAGGAAGGGGACUUCCCCCGAGACACCCCCCCCCCUCCCUGCUCCCCACUCCUUCCAUGCCUCUGGGAUCUGCCCAAGGCAGGUGCCCUGCCCACCAGGGGCUGUGGCAACAGCUUUGGAACCUGGUAUCAGCAUCACUCUCCAUAUGCGCUGGCUGUGCCUCCGAUGUUGUGA